UCUUGUAUUUCUCUUAAAUUUCUUUCCUUUUUCUCCUGUUAAAUUUUCAUCUUUUUAAAUAAUACAUAUAAGGGAUAGGGACCAUUUUUGGUUGCUGGGGUGGUUGUAAUUAAAUGAUGUUGGGUUUGUCCCAUGCCACUCAAAGAUCUUUUCUUUAAAGAAAAAAAAACCCCACAAAUAGUAUACACAAAUAAAAAAAAGCUUAGAUUAUUACCUGUAAUCUGUAUUGUAAUUGUAAAGUAUUGUAUAGAAGAAGACAUCAUUAUUGCUUUUUUCUUUGUCAUCCAUAACCCGACCCGACUUCUUUUCAUGAUUCUUUAUGUAUUUGAAAUAAGAAUUUCGAAGAUUUGACAGAGGGGAGUGAUUAUAGAUGAUGGGUUUUUGAUGUUUUGAUGUUUUGGAGUUGGAAAGUUAAGAUCAGCCAUGGCUCCUGGGAAAGCUUUGGAGUUCUAUCAAGAAGCCAAUGACUGGUUUUGUAAUGCAGGUUUACCAAGCGAUAUCGUGAUCAUCAUAGACAAAGUAAAUUUCCAUCUUCACAAGUUUCCUCUAUCGUCAAGAUGUGGAAAAAUCGAUAAAUUAAUCAAAGAAACUCAAAAUACAGACAUUAUUACCCUAGAAGACAUUCCAGGUGGGACAAAUGCAUUUCUGAUCGCAGCUAAAUUCUGCUAUGGCGUACGUGUAGAACUUACACCUCGAAAUAUAGUUCUGGUGUACUGUUUAGCAGAGUAUCUUGAGAUGUUCGAUGAGUACGGAGAUGACAACUUGUUAGCCAGAGCAGAUACUUACUUCCAUAAACAUGUUGUAAAAAACUGGAAGGAUUGCAUGGUUGCUCUUCAAAGCUGUGAUACGUUUACAACACAAGCGGAUAAUCUUCAAAUCAUUAGUAAAUGUUUGAAUGCUAUAUCGAUGAUGGCGUGUACAGAUCCUAGUUUGUUUGGUUGGCCGAUGAUGAUGUAUGGUCGUUUACAGAGCCCCGGUGGUAGCAUUUUAUGGAAUGGAAUCAACACCGGCGCAAGAAUCCGUAGCUCAGAAUCCGAUUGGUGGUUUGAAGAUGUCUCGUAUCUCAGUGUCCCGUUGUUUGUCAGGCUUAUGAAGAUGAUGGAAGCUCGAGGCAUUCCACCUGAAAAGUUAACAGGGGCAAUUAUGUAUUAUUGUAGAAAGUAUCUUCAUGGAUUAGGGAGAUGGAAAAGUGGACAACAACACACUGCAAAAGCAAGAUCGAUUGCAAGUUUGAGCAUGAAACCUGCCAUUGUUGACCAACGAGUUCUUCUUGAAAGCAUUGUGAAACUGCUUCCUGAAAAAAAGGGCAAGUCAUUCUGUCGAUUCUUGUUGGGACUUUUACGUGUUGCUUUGAUUUUGGGUGUUAAUGAUAAAUGUCAAGAUUCCCUUGAAAAGAAGAUUGGAAUGCAAUUGGAGCUUGCUACACUUGAUGCCCUUUUGAUUCCUACUUAUUCCAAUUCCGAUACUUUAUACAACAGUGAUUGUGUUGAAAAGAUAAUCAAUCAUUUUUUGAACUCUGAAAAAACUGCUACUCCUUUUUCUCCACCAUCAAUUGCUUCAGAAGUAACACCAUCAUCUUCAUCUUUACCAUUGAAGAAAGUUUCAAAGCUUGUAGAUAAUUAUAUGGCUGAAGUUGCAUCUGAUGUGAACUUGAAACCUGAAAAGAUUCGAUCUUUAGCUGAAGCUCUUCCUGAAUCUUCUAGAUCUUUAAAUGAUGGGCUUUAUAGAGCUUUGGAUCUUUACUUCAAGGCCCAUCCAUGGCUACAUGAGAAAGAGAAAGAAGAUCUUUGCAACAUUAUAAACUAUCAAAAGCUCUCAAUUGAUGCAUGUGCUCAUGCUUCUCAAAAUGAUCGACUCCCACUUAGAGUUCAUCUUCAAGUUCUGUUUUUUGAGCAAAUGCAACUAAAAGCUGCUUUAUCUGCUUCCUCUAAUCUUGUGUUAGAUAAUGAGAAUCAGAAUCAGAAUCAGCCUCCAUUAAUGGCUUCCCAAAUUGUUCAAAGAGAUGGGUGGGUGACAAUUGUGCGUGAAAAUCAAGUUAUGAAAGUGAGUAUGGAAAGAUUGAGGUCUAGAGUUGGUGAACUUGAACAAGAGUUUAAUAGAAUGAAGGAAGAAAUGAAAAGAGUAAGUAGAACAACAACAACACAUAAUAAUACUUUUCUUGAAUCUAAUUGGUUUGUUUCUAGAACUUUUGGGAAAUGUAAGUUAAAUCCUCGAUCAUCAAAUGUUCAAGAAGAUGUUGUGGAAAGUACGGGGCCCGCAACGCCACGUGGCUCGGUUGACCAGCCACGCGUGUCGCAUCAUUCAAAACAUCGUUAAAGUUUUUUAAAUUUUAUUUAUUAUAUAGUCUUGUAAGUAGUGUCACAAGGGUUGAUGACAGAAAAUCCAUCCUAGAUGUUUACAGAUGAUCUGUAAACAUCUGGGAUGGAUUUUCUUUUGGGGGCUUAUAGAAGUUUUUAUGCAAAUGCAAGGGUGCAUUCUUUGUCAACUGGUGUAGAUUCAGUUGAAGUAUAUAACACAGGUGUGCUAUGAAAUUGUAAUUUAAAAUUAUAUAUAUAGUUUAUACAUGUUCAUUGUUCA